AAUGAAUCAAAAUGAUAUACAAAUUACAUUCCUGUUGUUAAUGUCCUCAACAGGUAUUUUUAUAAUAAGUAGCAUUUUAGUAAGUUCUUUAAAUGAAAUUGAUACCGAAUAUAAUUGGUUAAUACAUCUUUUAUUAAAUGUCAUCACUUAUGGAACCGUUAUUUUACCGGGUGUUCUUACUUUUAUUUUUAUCAAACAAACUAAUUAUCGAGAAAAAUCUGGACAUGGUCUGAUACCAAAUAUCAUAAAAUCCUGUCUUGGAUCUGUCGUGGAUGGUGAAGAUGAAUAUGACGAUGCGCUCCGUAAAGCUAUGAAUCCACCGAAACCACAAACGACUACUCCCCGAAUUAAGGAUAAUUUAUUACUUCUACUAUGUGCGCUAGGUUUACAAGUCUUUUAUUUAUCGUGGGGUAUUUUACAAGAAAAAGUUAUGACACAGAAAUAUAUCGAUGAAAGCGAUCAAAAUAAAGAAUAUCAAUUUAAAGAUUCACAAUUUUUGGUAUUUGUGAAUAGAAUUUUAGCUUUAAUCAUGUCUGGCUGGUAUAUUUGGUUGUUUAAACAGCCCUCAUAUUAUAUGCCUUUUUAUAAAUACAUUUAUUGCUCUUUCUCGAAUAUCAUGAGUUCAUGGUGUCAAUAUGAAGCCUUAAAAUUUGUUAGCUUUCCAACACAGGUUCUAGCCAAAGCAUCAAAAGUAAUACCAGUUAUGAUAAUGGGAAAAAUUGUUUCCGGUAAAAAAUUUCCUAAUUACGAAUAUUAUACGGCUGGAAUUAUGUCUGUUGGAAUGCUGUUUUUCAUGCUAGAAGCACCAAAUAAUAAUAAUAAAGGAACUGUAACGACAUUCUCAGGUGUAACGCUACUGAUCAUGUACAUUGUCUUGGACAGUUUUACAUCGAAUUGGCAGGAUGCGCUUUUUAAGAAGUAUCACAUGAGCUCCGUACAAAUGAUGUUUGGUGUAAAUUUAUUCUCAUGCUUGUUCACAGCGGUCUCAUUAUUUCAACAGAACGAGUUUAUUUCGUCACUUUUAUUUAUGUAUAAAUUUCCUAGUUUCACAUUGGAUUGUCUAACGUUGUCAGUGUGUUCAGCCGCUGGUCAGUUGUUAAUAUUUUAUACGAUAUCGAAGUUUGGACCAGUAACGUUUGCGUUAAUAAUGACGGUACGUCAGUUUUUGGCAGUGUUUCUAUCAUGUCUUAUAUAUAAACAUAAUAUUAGUUAUUUGGGUAUUAUUGGAGUCUCACUAGUCUUUGGUUCAGUAUUUUUACGAUACUAUUGUAAGCAACGAUGUAAAAUUAGUAACGUUAUAAUAAAAACGUAA